AUGAUCAUGAACGGAUUCCGAGUUGCUGACAGGUUCAAUGAAGCCAAUAAUACGCUGGCCUGCCACAGUGAGCUGUGGGUUCCAGUAAACGUGAUCCACUCAAUCUACGUCUUCUGGCAAACCUACUUCCUCUUCAAGUAUCAUCGGGUGGUCUUCAACGUGCAAAAGUUCUUCAUCCGCUUCAUUUUGAGCCACAUGGCUGUGGUCAACCUCGGCCAGUGGCUGAGCACGGUGGUGCAGGAGGUCAUGGUGCCUCCAGAGGAGGAACUCGAGCCCAAGGGAGGCAUAUCAGCGACCACGUUAGCACCCUCCAUGGUCACGUCCCUCAUUACUCAUCAACCUGUGUUUACGGACGGGAAUGCAUCGCUGUUGCAACAAAUGGACACCUCCAAAAAGAACUUGUCAGCCUUCGGGGAACCCAAGUGUCACUCGCAAGUUGCGGUCUUCGCACACUACCUCAUUCCGUGUGGCGUCGAGUACAGCCUUAUUGCCUGUGCCAUUUUCUACAAGAUGUUUCAGCGCAUCGGACACGUCGGCACCUCCUCCUCCGAAGGUGGCCCCGAUCGGGACCGCUGGCAGAUCCAGCACAGCAGCAGCCGAGAUGGAGGCAGCAACAACGAAAGCACGAGUUGCGCUAUGGAAACGAGACAUCAGCCCAAAUUACGGGACAGCCCGACUGAGUGCCACCACGCACACAAGGGCCUUUUUGUCGGUCUCCUUCUUGUCAUGGCAACUCUCGUUGUGAUGGCUCUCUUCUACGUCUUAGUGCAACAGCGCGACCGCGACUAUGCUCUCGUUCUCUACCAGAUUACAGACCUCGUUCUCCUCUCCAUCGGUAUUGUGACCGUCAGCGUAGCCCUCUACCAGCUGAGGGUGCUUCAUCUGCGAAAGCUCUCAGAGGAGGACGCAUUUGACGACAACCUCCUUCUGAUUGGUCUGCUGGGCAUGCUCUUCUACGACAUGUUCCUACUUGUUCCGGCUGUUGAGGCCAAGGAGGAACACGAGGGAGUUGGGUCAAUUUUUGUGGCAAAAGCCACCCUGGAGAUGGUCCAAGCUUUACUGCAGGUAUUUCUCAUUCUCGAAGCGUCACAACGUCAAGCCGGCACAGUGGACCAGAUGGUGAAGAAACCGGGCCGCACUGUCGUCACCUUCCUCCUCAUCCUCAACCUCGCCAUGUGGCUUGUUAAAACGUUUGAACUUAAACACGCCGAGAGCUACCCCAUCUACAGGCGCCAUUACAGAGGCAUCGCCUGGAAGAUAAUCACUCACCUCUCACUUCCCCUCAUCAUUUUUUUCCGUUUUCAUUCAACGGUGUGUCUAGCUGACAUCUGGACCAGCGCCUACCGCAUGCAUAGUUCUACUGACUUAUGA